AUGGCGGAGUUUGGGACCUCAGAAAGUGAAGAGAGCAACAGUUUCCUUCCCCAAGACGUGCGGGAAUACGCCAAGAAGGAGUACUGGGACAGAAGGUACGAGGAAGAGGACACCUUCGAGUGGUUCAAAGGAUAUGAUUCGUUUCGUUGUGGUAACAGCCCCUUGAGUGCAGACAUGUACCGCGACGGCUUCCAUCACAUCACAAACAUCGACUACUCCUCCGCCUGUAUCCGCCGUAUGGCACACAAACAUGCCGACAUGUCCACCAUGACCUGGCUCGAGAUGGAUGCACGACAGCUGACCUUCUCGGACGGAAUGUUCGACGUUGUCCUGGAGAAAGGCACGCUGGACGCCUUCAUGGUGGCGGAGAAAAGCCCCUGGACUGUUUCCAAGGAAACGGCUCAAUUCUGUCAUCAAGUGUUACAAGAGGUAUCGCGAGUCCUGUGCCCUGGAGGUCGCUUCAUCUCCAUCAGUUUCGCCCAGCCCCACUUCCGGACGCCCCUGUACGCUAACGACGUUUACGGCUGGUCCAUACGGACAGACAAGUUUGGAGACUGUUUUCACUUCUUCUUCUACACCAUGGAGCGUGGCGGGACGCUAACCCAGCAACAGAGAGACCAGGCACACAGGUUCUUCCACCCACCAGCGGUGGAACAUGUGUAUCUGUCAGACUCUGAUCAUGAUGAGGACUUCUUGAGAAGGAUAGACAUCUCCCCCUCGUCUUCUCACUUGAGUAACUCAGAGAAGUUACCGACAAGUACAAUGACAGGAGCUUCACUUACAACCUCCUGACAGCAUAUUUGAUUUUAACUACUGUUUCCUUGAAGAGCCAAUUAGUUAUUUACUAUCUUGUGUCUGUUAUAAGUACAUAAAUCUAUUUUGUCAGAAAUUCUUAAGAGCAAAAAGGGCUGAGGCAUCAAUGAUGGUUAGACAUCCAGGUAAUAAAAUACACAAGGUAACAGUUACUCAAUCAACUAGUGAAGACAAAAUUCAGAAAUGGUAAUUCAGAAAUGGUAACACUACUGAUUCUGGUGCAGUCCCUGACAAAGACAGCAAAUGCUGUCAAAAAUGUCAGACUGUUUCUAAAUUUUGUCCCCUUAUGGGAGUAACUGUUACUUACUACAUGAAUGAAAAUUCAUUUGCGUGUCUUGUGCUUUAACUAGCGCAGCCAAAGUGGGCUUAUAAGACACAUUGUUGAUGUCAAAUACAUCAACCUUGUAUAUUCUCUUUGUCACUGGAGAGACCAUGAAUUGACCUUAUGCAAAAUAGCUAAUGUUCAUAUUUUGUACAACUGAUUUUGACAUGUUGUCAGACCAUUCCAUAAUUAUUUUU